AUGUCUUCUCACACCCAGCACCUCGUCGCCGUUGCUACCCCUGAGGCCAACACCAUCCUCUUCCAGGUCAACGACAAGUACGAACUUUGCCUUUACGAGAGUUCUACUCCUGUUGAGAACGAUGAACAGCCCUAUGACUUCCGAACUAUCAAGGUCAAUGGUGCUCCUGUCAAGGUCAACAAUGGUAUCCCCGUUAUUGCCGCUGUUGCAUUCUCCGUCUCAUCCUACUGCGGUGGCGAGGCUCAGGUUCGUGUUUACUUUGUCGACAGAGACAAUGACUAUCUCCGCGAGCUCCAGCGUUCCGGUGGCAAGUCUAAGCCUUGGACCGUUGGACGAACCUUCAACCUCCGAAACUACCGCAUCGCCAAGGGUAGUGGCUUGACAGCCAACGUCUUCCAGCAGGAAAGCAAGGACAAGUUUGCUAUCAAGAUCUACUACCAGGAGAGCAGCGAUGACAUCUAUGCCGAUGUUGUGUACAACAUCGUCGGCAGUGACAACUGGACCACCCGCCCCAACGUUACGCAGGCUUAA